UUCUCCGUGUCCUACCUCUGGGCCUUUUAUCUCUAGCUCCAGUCCCUCAUUUGUUUAUGACUAUUUACCUUAUUUAUAUCCAUUAAUGUUGUUAUCCUUCCAUCUAGGUGUAAGGGCUAUAACGGCCAAUAACUAUUGUCUAUUUUUUUAGGAAUAGUAGCCAUGACAACUGUUGUCCCAUGUAUCGUUGAUUUAUCAUGAUCGUUAUGAAUGAAAUGACAUCGGCUUGGCACCACACUUUUACCAUAAGCCAUUUGCGAGACUGGAAGAGCUCAUCCAGGCUUGCAAACCAUCAGUGUUGAACUGGUGUUUGGCCACUAGUUUAAGUUGCUAACCAGCCAUGCUCUCUUCCCCGUUCACCGUAACAUCAAACUCUUGUGAGUCUAGCUUGACCUUGCCCUUCCCCCUCAAGACACCUUUCAGGCUCCUCCUUUUCACUGUCUUACUUAGCAUUUCACAUGCAAGCUCCUCCUUUUCACUGUCUUACUUAGCAUUUCACAUGCAAGAGUAAAGUUAUUGUCCAACAUUCAUUUUUUCCUUUCCUCUUUUCAAUUCCCUUUUACAAAUAGAAGGGAAUGACAAGGCCAUUAGAGAAGAGAUCAACCUUUUAUAAGAAAAGAGGAUUCUGGCCGUCUUCACCAAGCUGUCGCCAAGCAAACCACUGCCUCCAGGUAUAACCGUCGCGUCCGACCAAGAGAAUUUCAGAGUCAAAUUGCAAUCACAAUUAAAAUAUCAGUAAUCAAAUUGCAAUCACAUACUAACUAAUACUACUAACAAAUCAACUACAAAUACCAUAAUAAUUGAAUAACUGAAUAGAAUAGGAGAAAGUGAGAGAAAUGGAGGAACUUUUUCCAAGAUACAAAACCAAAACUUACAAAACACAUACUUGCAGUAAUCAAAUUACAGAACCUUUUGUAGUUAUUUAUUAUGAUCCAACAAAUAGCCAUAAACCAAUACCAUUUCUCAUCACUAUUUUUUUUUAAUUCAACUCUCACUUAAAAUUUAACAAUGUCUCAAAAACAAUAUUCAUAGUAAUUAAAAACUAAAGAAUCAAAUCCCAAAUUUUUUCUCAGUAGAAAAAUUAGCAAUAGACAAACAUGUACGCAUCCCACCAUCUAUUAUUUCUUUCUCCUAAGAUAGGAAGACAAAAACAUUUCAAUCCACAACGUGGUCAACCCAUCCAGCAAAGCCAUGACAUCACGCACAUGAAUCCGUUUACUUUUUGUUAUUAAAAUACAACAAACAAACAAACACCAAUUAUCCUCCUAAUUUUCUACACUAUUGCUAUUCGAAUAUAUAAAAUAAAAAUCACAGGAAUAUCAAAGAACUAUCACAGUAUCUCACAAACUCAGUGUAUAUGAGUAUAUCCAUGAUGAAGAAAGCACAAGUGGUGUUUAUCCCUUCUUCUAGUUUGAGCCAUUUAGUUUCCACCCUUGAGUUCGCCAAGCUUUUAAUCAACCGUGAUAACCGUUUCCGAUUAAACGUUUUAGUUAUGAAACUCCCAAACAACUCAGAAGCUGAGUCAUACAUUGAUUCCCUUCCCAUCUCCGAUUCACUCCAUGUCAUCAACCUUCCAGAAACUUCUCUUCCUCCAAACACCGAUCGAGCUUCCGCCAUGAUGGCUCUCAUCGAUUCUCAAAAACCAAACGUCAAACAAGCCGUCUCUAACCUCACUGCCCAAGAACAACAACAUGGACCUCUCGCUGCCUUCAUCGUUGACAUGUCCUGCACCACCAUGAUUGAUGUUGCUAAAGAAUUUUCAGUCCCUUCGUUUGUCUUCUUCACUUCCGGUGUUGCUUCCCUUGGUUUGAUGCUUCAUCUUCACACUCUUUUUGAACGAGACAACUUUGAUUCGACUCAGUUACUGCAGAAGAACGAGUUAGCCGUUCCGAGUUUUGUCAACUCGGUUCCUAUAAACUCGUUUCCUAGUUCUAUGCUACAAAAAGAACGGGAGUCGUUUUUUAUGAGCUAUGUAGGAGGUCUUAAGAAACCAAAUGGAAUUAUAGUAAAUUCAUUUGAAGAGCUUGAAUCACAUGUGGUUCACUCCUUUUUCUCUCAUCCUGAUCUAGCAGGCUUACCAACUAUAUAUCCGGUCGGACCAUUAUUAAACCCUGAGCCGAAAACAAAGAGCACUGCUGAUUCAGACGAUAUCAUCAUAUGGUUAGAUGAUCAACCUCCUUCCUCAGUAGUUUUCCUCUGCUUCGGGACUAGGGGUUCUUUCUAUGCAGACCAAAUUCAGGAGAUAGCACAUGCUAUUGAGAAUAGUGGAGUUCGUUUCAUUUGGUCUCUUCGUAAGCCCUCAUCGAAAGGCUUUAUACCCGCGCCCUCAGAUUAUCCACUUUCUGAUUUGGAUUCACUUUUACCUAAUGGAUUUUUAGAUCGGACGGCUGAAAUUGGAAAGGUCGUUGGUUGGGCUCCACAGUCUCAAAUACUUGCCCACCAAGCCACAGGAGGAUUUGUUUCGCAUUGUGGUUGGAAUUCGAUACUCGAGAGCAUAUAUUUUGGUGUGCCGAUUGCUACAUGGCCUCUUUGUGCCGAACAACAAACAAAUGCUUUUGAAUUGGUGAGUGAGCUAAAAAUAGCUGUCGAGAUUGCAUUGGAUUAUAGGGUGGAGUUAAAUGGUGAGCAUAGCUAUCUUUUAAGAGCAGAUAAGAUUGAGAGAGGAAUAAAGAGUGUGUUGGAUAAAAAUGGAGAGGUAAGGAAAAAAGUGAAAGAAAUGAGUGAAAAGAGUAAGAAGACUUUGUUAGAAGGAGGAUCUUCUUACACUUAUUUAGGCAAUUUGAUUGAUUAUAUCAUGAAUCAGGUAUCAGAUUAAAUUAUUCUAGAACCCAUUUGCAACAAAGUCAUGGGAUAUGAGUUUAAUUUUCAACAUUAAUAGUACUUGGUUUUGGCCUUUUGGGUUUGAGAAUUUUUCUGUUUUGUAUUACUUUAGUCUUAUAUCUUGUUUUGAAUUACUUUGGGAGUAUAGAUGAUAGUUAGAAGUCCCGUAAUAAUCCUAAAAAAUUGUUACAUGAUGAAGCUUGGAUGAGAAACUGAGACUGUCAUGAGACCAAGAUACAGUGUUAUUUUCCAAAUAUAAUCAGAAAAUUAAGUCAUAAAAUGAACUAAAUUUUUUUAAGUAUUAAGCACAAAUUUUGCUAUAUAUUAACAUAGUGAAUUUUGCGGAGUGGUCUUCAUCAAGAAACUGCAGAAUAACAAUGCAGUUUCUAUAUUACUGCAGCCACAGUUAUCU